AAAAACAAGAAAGAAAUAUAAAAGAGGCUAUUGAAGGCGAUCAAGGGUUUUCUCUUUGGUUACACCACCACCGCUCGCUUCUCUCCAAGCUUCUGUCCUCCUUUCCUCUCCUCUCUUUUAUUUCAUUUUGAUUUUCUUUUUUCCUUUCUUCUUCAAAUCCACAGAGAGAGAGAGAGAGAGAGAGAGAGAGAGAGAGAGAGAGAGAGAGAGCUGAUUUUCCUUCGCCAGAGGAGGAAAAGGAGAAGAAGAUGAGCAUAGAUCCGUUGCCUUCUUCAAACUCUCAUGGAAACCUCGACGAGCAGAUCUCGCAGCUCAUGCAGUGCAAACCUCUCUCCGAGCAAGAGGUUAGAGCAUUAUGUGAGAAGGCGAAGGAGAUAUUGAUGGAAGAAAGUAAUGUCCAGCCUGUGAAAAGUCCCGUGACAAUCUGUGGUGAUAUUCAUGGGCAAUUUCAUGAUCUUGCAGAACUUUUUCGAAUUGGAGGGAAGUGUCCAGAUACCAAUUACCUGUUUAUGGGAGACUAUGUGGACCGUGGAUAUUAUUCAGUUGAAACUGUAACGCUCCUGGUGGCCCUGAAGGUGCGCUAUCCUCAACGAAUUACCAUUCUCAGAGGAAAUCAUGAAAGUCGCCAGAUUACACAGGUUUAUGGAUUUUAUGAUGAAUGUCUACGCAAGUAUGGUAACGCAAGUGUAUGGAAGAUCUUUACUGACCUUUUUGACUAUUUCCCAUUGACAGCUUUGGUCGAAUCAGAAAUCUUUUGCCUGCACGGUGGCUUGUCUCCGUCCAUUGAGACCCUCGAUAACAUACGGAAUUUUGAUCGUGUUCAAGAAGUCCCCCAUGAAGGGCCAAUGUGUGAUCUCUUGUGGUCUGAUCCAGAUGAUCGCUGUGGUUGGGGUAUUUCUCCACGUGGAGCUGGAUACACGUUUGGCCAAGAUAUAUCAGAGCAAUUCAAUCAUACCAACAACCUCAAGCUAAUAGCCAGAGCUCAUCAAUUGGUCAUGGAGGGAUUCAACUGGGGACAUGAACAAAAGGUGGUAACCAUAUUUAGUGCACCUAAUUAUUGCUAUCGGUGUGGAAACAUGGCAUCUAUCCUUGAAGUUGAUGACUGCAAAGGUCACACAUUCAUCCAGUUUGAGCCAGCUCCUAGGAGAGGAGAGCCUGAUGUGACCCGCAGAACACCCGACUACUUCCUAUGAUGCAGCUGACCGAGUUAUUUGCUGAUUUGAUGGCAGCGAGAGGCUAUGCUUCCUGGUUGACACUGGGAGUUUGAAGAUGUUGAGAACACUAUCAUCGGACGACAUUUAUAAUUUCAAGCUGCUAUGCUUGGUGGGGGAAAUGCAUGUAAAAAAAGUGAGCAGGUAAGGGUCCCAUUAAUUUUUUAGCAUUUGGAACUGUGCUGAUUUCCUUGGAAGGAGGCAGUGGAGCAGACAAAGCUGCAGCAGCAUGUAUCAUUUCCAAGAAACAUGGGUAUUUUUUUUUUUCCUUUUUAAAUUUUUUUUUUUUUCCUGGGCAUUUUGGUGUUCUGUAGAGGGAAGGGAUUCUAUUUUCAUAGGGUGCUUUUCUCAUCUCUUAGUUUCCAUCCCAACUGAUCAAAUUCGCUUCUUAUUUGGAUAGCUGCCUCGUGAUUCGUCUUUGGUUGGGGCUCUGGUGAUUUCCUAGAUGUGUAUGUGUAAAAACCUCUAGUGAAGAUAAUAUGCAUACACAGUGGGAUAUUCUCCUAAAAGGCCUAGGUGAGUUUUAUUACAAUCGUUGAGGCUUAUUUGAUCUAAUGGCAUGUGGGAAGAAUGUCUAGCAUGGUUGUUGUGAGGCAACACUGAAUUCAUUAACUUAUUUUGUUUUGACUGGUUCUUUUUUUUU